UAAAGCAAACGAAGUAGUAUACGUAUAAUAAUUACUGUUCUGACUUUAAUCAAUCAUUGUGUUGGUAUCAUACGAGUCGAACAAAAAAUGAAAAUCGUCACCGCUUUAUUCUUAGCAUUAGUAACAAUUAAUUUAAAUGAAGUUGACUCUUUAAACAUACUUGGAAUCUUUCAAUAUCAUGGAAAGAGCCAUUUCUUUGUAUUCGAACCGUACCUUCGAGAAUUGGCGAAAAGAGGGCACAAUGUUACGGUCAUAUCCCAUUUUCCUCAAAAACAACCCUUACAAAACUACACCGAUAUCAGUUUGGUUGGUAAAAAGGAAAUAUUAGAAAGUGUUAUAAAUAUGGAGCAGAGUAUAUGGUCGACGGUUGAAUUGACAAAAUAUAUUUUCGACAGUGUUGUGGAAAAUUGCAGGAUACUAGUGGAAGACGAGGCUGUACAGCAAUUAGUGAAAUCCCGGACGAAAUAUGACCUAGUGCUUGUAGAAGCGUUCAUCAGUGACUGUGCAUUAGGAUUAGCUUACAAAUUGGAAGCUCCGGUGGUCGCUCUAACGACGCAUUGUUUAAUGCCAUCGCAUUACGAUAGAUUUGGCGUUCCCCAUCAACUUCUACAGAUUUGGCCAAAUCCAGAUUUCUUAACACGUUUUUUAUUAACAGUGUUUUUACCACCUCUUAAUUGGGUGUAUCGAUACUAUCAAAAUGCGGAACAAGCGAUUCUGGCGAAGUAUUUCGACGAUAUUCCACCGCUCGAAGAGUUAGGGCAGGAUGUCAAGCUGCUUCUUGGAUACUUUCACAAUUCCAUGUUCGGUCCUCGAGCUUGGCCCGAAAAUAUAAAAGAAGUCGGGGGAUACCAUGUCGCCAAACCGAAACCGCUGCCUGAGAAAUUAAAACAGUUUAUAGAACAAUCGGAACACGGAGUUAUAUACGUAAGUUUUGGUUCAAUGGUAAAACCGACAAGCCUUCCGAAGUAUAAACUGGAAGCCAUAGUAGGAGCGCUGUCGGAGCUACCACAACGAGUGGUCUUUAAAUGGGGAGAGGACCAAUUACCUGGGAAUCCGAAGAACAUAUACGUGUCGAAGUGGUUACCGCAGAAUGAUAUUCUAGCUCAUCCCAAUAUCGUGGCGUUCUACUCCCAUGGCGGGCUCCUGGGUUCGACAGAGGCCAUACACCACGGCGUCCCCGUGGUUCUCACCCCAGUAUUCGCCGAACAACCGCUGAACUCUAUAGCUUUGGAAAUGAAGAGAUUUGGCGUUCGCAUGCCGUUUGAUGAACUUACCAAAGACGCGCUGCUAGAAAAAUUUAAGACCGUUUUGGAUCCAGAGUUCAGAAGAAGAGCAAAAGAAAUCUCCAGGGAAUGGCAUGACCGACCCAUGUCGCCGAUGGACAGCGCCGUCUAUUGGACAGAGUACGCCGUCCGCCAUCCAAACUCCACGCUUCGAAUAGCCGCAGUAGGCAAACCUUAUUACCAACUUUCAGGGUUGGAUGUGCUAUUCACUAUUUUUAUUAUUUUGUUUAUUAAUUUGUAUGCGUUUGUUUUUGCUAUUAAGUACUUUGUAUUUGGAAAGAGAAAGAAAUCAAAGAAGGAUCUGAAGUGUUUUGUUACAUCCUUGCCCUUGAACGCAAUGAAGUCAAUCAUCGUAGCAUUCACUUUACUUAUCGCACUAGCGCAUACCGCUAAUGCCCUCAAUAUCCUAGGUAUAUUUCCGUAUCAUGGAACUAGCCACUUCUUAGUGUUCCGCGUGUAUCUUCUGGGACUCGUUAAUAAAGGACAUAAUGUUACCGUUAUCUCGCACUUUCCGGAAAAGAAUCCGCCGCCUAAUUAUCACAGUAUCAGCUUGGCAGGAACUAUAGAAAUACUUAAAGAUGACAUGCCGAUAGAAAAGUCAUAUAAAACCAUCUUCAACACAGGAUUAUUCUUAACAUCCACUGGUAAGCAGAACUGUGAAGUGAUGCUCAAGAACAAAAAAGUGCGUGAUUUAAUCGAUUCUAAAGCUAAAUUCGAUGUGAUAGUCGUUGAACAAUUUAACAGCGACUGUGCAUUCGGUAUUGCAUACAAACUGAACGCUCCCGUAGUCGGCAUGAUGUCCCAUAUAUUAAUGCCUUGGCAUUAUAGGAGACUAGGCAUCCCAUACAACACAGCGUACGUGCCUUUUCACUUCUUAGAAGGAGGUUCUAAGCCUACGCUAUACCAAAGAAUAGAAAGACUAUUAUUUGAUGUGACCUUCAGAACCCUUUACUAUUUCUUAUCGCAAAGAAGCAACCAGAACACCCUCGCUGAGUACUACGAUGAUAUUCCGCCCUUGGAAGAUUUGGCUAGAGAGAUGAAGUUCCUUCUUGUAUACCACAACUUUGUGCUAACUGGAUCCAGGCUUUUCCCGCCUAAUGUAAUUGAAGUCGGCGGUUACCAUGUCGAAAGGGCCAAAUCUUUAGCGGGCGCUUUGAAGACAUUUGUUGAAGAAGCGAAACAUGGUGUAGUUUAUAUAAGCUUCGGAUCCGUGAUCAAUCCAUCCUCUUUGUCUCCUGAGAGGGUGCAGACCAUUUUGGACGUAAUGGCCCAACUGCCGCAGAGGUUUAUCUGGAAGUGGAGUAACAAGACUGUAGCUGUUGCUCAGGAUAAACUUUACACUGGCAGUUGGCUGCCUCAGGUUGAUAUAUUGGGUCAUCCAAAUACGUUGGCCUUUUUCUCCCAUGCGGGGAUGGGUGGUACCACUGAAGCCAUACAUUACGGCGUGCCAAUAGUUGCCAUGCCAGUUUUGGGCGACCAGCCUGCAAAUGGAGCCGCCAUAGAAGAAAGCGGACUAGGAGUGCAAGUUCAAAUAAGGGAUUUAAAUAAAGAAAAUCUGCUGGCAGCAUUCCGAAAAGUUUUAGAUCCCAAGUUUAGAGAAAGAGUGAAGCAGAUUUCCAAGGCAUGGCAUGAUCGACCAAUGCGCCCGCUAGACACAGCAAUCUACUGGACCGAGUUCGCAGCUCGGCACAGUAACUUCACAUUUAGAGCUGCGGCUGCCGACACACCUCUAUAUCAACAUUUCUACUUAGAUAUUAUAGGCGUUUUGUUCAUCUCCUUAUAUGUUAUUACAAAAGUUUUAAGUUUGUUAUUCAGCUUAUGCAAAUCGAAGCCAAGAGUCAAAAAUGUCAAAGCAGAUAACAAAAAGACAAAUAAGAAGUCAAAGCGUGAAUGACAACACAGGUAAUAACAGUCACGCAUUAUAUACUUUUAAAGGCCUUCUAUACAUUUUUAAUAUGAACCUGCGUUGACGAGAAGCCGCGGCGCGCCGAGUUGAAUUUACCUCCUCGCAUCGCUCGUCAACUCGGCGCACCUCAGUCAACGCAGGGUGGCGCGGCGCCGCGCCGCGGCUUUUUGUCAACAGACAGUUUCAUAGUAAAUGUAUAGGAGAUAAGGUUGGCUUCGACUAUAGUCGAAUCGAGCCGCGUUGAAUUGAAUUGUGUCGCAUUUGUUCCGUGUGCGUUCAUCACAGGCGAAUUAUUGCGAUUCAAUUCGCCUCGGCGAGCCUAGUGGACGCCAGCCUUAAAUAAGUAGGUAGGUAAGCUAACUUUGCACUGACUUGAACAGAGUGAGAACGUGUCAUUAAACGUCAUAUUUUCAUAGAAAUUUUACAUUAAUGAUGACGUGGCCAUAGUUUUUCAUAGCAAAUGCCAUGCAAAGUUAUUAGCUUGAUGAGACUUGCUUGCUUGAUUGCCGCUAUAGUUACUUAAACAGAUUAUAUGAGAUUUAAUCAUUUUAUUUCAUCUUAAAGAUCGUUUUUCAUCAUAUGGAGACCUCGGACGUAAAUAUAAAGCGGGCCGUGUAAGUCUUUACUAUUUUGCCAAUCACAGUUGAACCGUAUCACCGAGCAAGAGAUGUGAUCAUAGAAGACUAGAGAUAGCGAUCCAAAAGUGUAUAAUCAAACCAGUUUAAUUGGAACAAUGGAACAAUGUAGAUUGACGGCUGAACAUUAUACAAAGUCACCCGCCAAGAUUUGCAUUUGCAGUGUCUGUGUACAGUCGCUAUCAGAUAUAUCGAGCGGUCAAAGCGCUUACAAAUAUCUGAACAAUGAACAUGCCUCUAUUGUCAAGGCGUUAAAGUGCUUGUUCAGAUAUUUUUAGCACCUCGGCCACUCUGAUAUAUCUGAUGGCGACUUUAGGUACAUGUGUCACUGCCAAAAGUGCCAAGUUCGUGCAAACUUGGUCGUUAUCUAUUUCAGUUCGAAAACAAACAUUUCCAGCUAGGGGCCUAGCCAAAGUGACAAUUGUACAUCGACAAAUUCCAAACGAAUAGAAAAAAUGUACGGGAUAACAGGGCCUUUCUCUGUCACUCUAAUUACGCCUUAAUUGGAAUAAAAGAGAAAGAUGUCCGCAAUUUGCGAACUUCGUGGCAUUUUAUAUUAACAAUUAUCAUCAUGGCUAGGCCCCCUGGUGUUCAAAAUGGUAUCUCAAGUAUUGGUAAUUUAUUUGCAACCAUUGUGAUAUGAUUGUGAUGUACUUGAAAUAUAGCAUAGAUGAAUUUAUAUAAAAAAAGAGUUUUAUUGUUUUUAAUUUCGCAUAGAGAAGGGUGCUGGGCCCAUAACCUGAAACGACUUUGUAGCGUGUGAUUUAAGCUAGUGAUAGACGUACAAGAAGGACCUUUUAUGACAUCAUUACUCAUGUAAUAAUUUUAAACAAGAUCUGGAACAAACUGCAAUUUUAUUAUUGCAAAAAAAAAAUCCUACCUACUCUUAUUACUAUCUUUGUCUACCAAAUUGA